AUUGACAUAUCGGUACCUUCAACAUAAAUAUUUUGGAUUAUGCUCGGUGUCAUUGGCGUUGUCUUUAUCAUCUUCGUUGUAUUUCUGCUUGAGACGCUACCCACAUAUUCCAAUACUGUAGAUGUUCCGAAAAUGCAGCGGCAACCAGGCAAUCAAUACAACCACACGAGGGAUCCCACCAGUACCUCGAGAACGAAACAAAUGAAUACUCCACUGAUGCUGCUUCUCGGGGAAGCAGCACUAAAAAAUUUUGAACACCUUUUUUCCUAUUAGCUUGAAGUAUAAACGGUGCAAGUCGUUUUAGGAAGCUACCCCCGUUCAGGAAACCGUUUCGUUACUUUAUUUAUGCCCGACAUUUGCUUAGCUAUGGUCAUCUCUUGCAUGUAGUUCGGAAUCCAUUCAAGCAAUACAUAUUGUCAAUGCUUCAGAUAUUUUCCAAGAAUAAUAUCAUAUUGAUG